UUCAGGAAUUUGCACACUGUUUCACCUAGUUCAUUCCUUUUUUCCUCUUUGUAAUCAACUCUUAUUACCUGGUUUUUAUCGAUAAAACCUCAUCAGAAAGCACAAAAACACAAUUUACUAUCAUUCUAAUCUUCUAUUUUUUUGCAAUUGCCUCUGCAAGUGUUAGAUUUCAGGAGAAUCAUUAUACAUUAAAAUGGCAACAGGGGAAAAACUCAGUUCCAGAGGAAAUUCCUGGUUCUGCACAACUGGAUUACCAAGUGACAUUGUGGUUCAACUUGAUGACAUGAACUUCCAUCUUCAUAAGAUUCCUCUCAUGUCAAAAAGUAGAAAGUUUCACCAACUGAUUACAGAGCAAGACGAUGAGGAAGAAGGAGAAGAUGUUGAACACCUUCACUUGGCACUCGCAGACUUCCCUGGCGGCUCAGAAGCCUUCGAAUUGGCGGUGAAAUUCUGUUACGACGUCAAAAUCGACUUAUCCUCUUCCAACGUGGCUUCUCUCCGCUGCGCCGGAGAGUUUCUAGAGAUGACAGAAGAGUAUUCUGAAGACAAUCUCAUCUCCAAGACAGAGCAGUUUCUUUCUCGCUCAGUCCUCAACAGCGUCAAGGACUCCAUCACAGCACUGCAAUCCUGCGAGCGACUCAUGCCUCUGGCGGAGACAUUGGAAAUCACGAAGAGGUGCAUCGCUUCCAUUGUCUCCGCCGCAUCAUCGGCGGAUCCCGCUCCGUUCAGUUGGCCGGUGAGCGAUUCCGCAUCCAAACAGAGCCUCGAGAUCGGAAUAAGGAGAGGCAGAAGAAGAAACGGUGAAGAAGAUGCUUGGUUUGAGGAGAUUUCACUUCUCGGUUUGCCUCUGUUCAAGCAAUUGAUUCUCGCCAUGCGAGCAUCUGAAUUGAAACCAGAGGUAAUCAAAACCUGCCUCAUCCAUUACGCCAAGAAACGAAUUCCAGGUUUAUCGAGGUCAAAUCGGAAACCGUUAACAUCAUCAUCAUCUUCAGAAGCAGAGCAGAAAGAGCUAUUGGAGACUGUGAUCUCGAAUCUUCCGCUGGAGAAAACUCCAAAGCCAUCAACCGCCACGAGAUACCUCUUCGGACUGUUACGCACCGCCAUUAUACUGAAAGCUUCCGAAGAAUGCAGAAACGCGUUGGAGAAGAAGAUCGGAUCGCAGCUUGAAGAAGCUACUCUCGACGAUCUUCUCAUCCCUAGCUACUCCUAUCUCAACGAAACUCUCUACGACGUUGAUUGCGCGGCGAGAAUUCUAGGUCACUUCUUGGAGCAAGAACGGAAUGCCGCUGCUGCAAACGACGGCGGCAUUACGAGAUCGCCGGCGUUGAUGCUCGUCGGGAAACUCAUCGACGGCUAUCUCGCCGAGAUCGCCUCCGACGCGAAUCUCACGGUUUCCAAAUUCUACGAUCUUGCCAUCUCUCUUCCCGACGGAGCGAGGCUCUUCGACGACGGUCUCUAUCGCGCGGUUGAUGUCUACCUCAAGGCGCAUCCGUGGGUUACGGAAUCGGAGAGGGAGAAGAUUUGCGGAGUUUUGGAUUGUCAGAAGCUCACACUGGAGGCGUGCACUCACGCCGCGCAGAAUGAGAGACUACCGGUGCGAGCGUUGGUUCAGGUGCUAUUCUUCGAGCAGCUUCAGCUGCGGCACGCCGUCGCCGGAACGCUGAUAUCGGCGGUGGAUCCCGGGAGGUUAUCGGGAGCGUUGAGAUCGGAAGUGGAGGGUGAGGAGGAGGAGGAGGAUCGUGGUGGAGAAUGCGAUGGUAGUCACACGUGGCGGGUGACGGUGAGAGAGAAUCAGGUGUUGCGCUUGGACAUGGAUAGCAUGAGGACGCGGGUGCACCAGUUGGAGCGAGAGUGUUCCACCAUAAGGAAAGUGAUCGAGAAUAUGGACAAGCCGGGACCACGCGGCGGUGGUGGGUGGCGGGCCACCCUGGAGAAGAAGAUUGGUUGCAAAUUCAAGACGAAUGUAUGUGAUUCGCAUGAUCAUGUGGUUGCUGAUACGCGUAAGGGUAGGUCCCACCAGCGUCCUCACCGUGAAUAGGCAGCACCUUAACACUUCCCUCGCGCUAAAAUAAUCCAUUGAAGUUUUAAUCAAAUCCCACCAGUAAUUUCAAAUCUGUGUCAUAAAAAAAUCAAAGAAAGGAAGAAAACACUCCAAAAUAUACCCUCCAUUUUUCUAGUAGUUGUUUUUCUAUCACAUGAUAUUAUUCUUUUGUCGUAUUAAUUUGGGUGUUAAAACAUUUUCCAUAAAAAUUUGGAGAAUGUUUGAGCCAAUUAUUUGGUUGAUUAGGUAAAUUGCUGCUUGACAUAGUUAAGGGGAUGGGGACUCAUAAGGAGUUUGUAAUUUGACUAGCGUUGCAUGGCACAAUGAAGAGAGCGAAAUUUCAUGUAAAUUACAGGUUGUUAUUGGUUACAGAUAAUUGGUCAUCUUAUUGCUUCUA